GGAAGGAGCUCCGUGCUGCCGCUGCGUCGCGCUGCGUCCCACGUCGUCUUCGCGCUCGCGCGUGUCGUGGCCCGUCGCGCUGUCGCCUAGCGAUCCGCUCGUACCCGUUUGUGGCAUUUCGCUCUGGAUAGCAUCGCCCAGUGGAGUCGAGUCAUUUUGACGCCGACUCGUUGUGAAGGUGAAGGUGUUUGGCUUUCGGUCGGGCAUCGAACCAACGCCAUGGCAGAAGCUUCAUCAAACCCUGGGGUUGCCAGGGACGUGAUCACCAUCAGCGACGAUGAAAACUGUCGGGACUCAUCGCCGAAGCGCAGCCGCAAGCGCGGUGCCGGCGCCUCCGAGGACCCGGACUACGAGCCGCGCCACCGCAGCCCCGCGGCCGCGGCCCCCAAACGUCGCCGGGUGCCCCGCGCACCGAAGAAGAAGGGCCCCGUCGAGUCCGAAGCCGAGACUCCCAGAGCCAGAGCCCCUAGAAAGAAGGUCCUCGUCGACUUGGAUUCCGAAGCCGAGACUCCCAGAGCUACAGCCUUGCCUCGCGGCCGGAAGCGGGCACCGAAGGCCUUGGGCCCAGAGGCCUCUGCAAGCCGCUCAUCUGACAACGGGGUGGCUCAGCUCCCCACAGGCUGGAGCGCUCUGCCGCAUCAUUUGCUCACGAAAAUAUUCAGCAUGGUGGGGAACGAGGACGUCAUCUCCGCUGGGCAGUCCUGCCGUAGCUGGCGUGCGGCAGCCAAGCUGCCCUCCGUCUGGCAUCGCAGGCAGCUGUCCUACGACCUUCCCGCCGGCAGCAAGAAGUUCCGGAACUGGCACAGCGGGGCGAGGCAGUUCGCGAGGACGAUUCGAUUCGCGCCCUGCCUCGCUCGCGUCAGCUGCCCCAAGAGCCUCAAGGACGCCGCCAGGACUGCCAUCGCCACUCGAUCCACCUGCGAGGUGAAGUCAGCCGAGCUGAACGGGCAACUCCAGUGGACGCAAAAAUACAUCCUCCGCCAGAAGACGCUGGAGGACCUGUUGCUCUUGAAUCCCAACGUGCAGGCUCUCAAGACGGCCUUGGCUCUGCCCCAACUCCACAGCCUCGCGGUUUCGUACGAGAGGGAUGUGACGAAGGAGAAGUACCAACGGAGGAACAUGGGUAUGCUGUGGGACCCGUCAGCAGAUGGGCCCCGUUACCAGGUGCCGGCCGUCCCGAGCGGCACGAAGGGCCACCUCAAGAAGCUGCUGUGCCAUUCCGGGGUUGGGCCAGCCGCCGUCAACUCGCUGGUUCUCGCCAACACGGCUACUCUGGAGGAAGUGGGGGUACACUGCCUGCCACUGGAAGCGCUCCUGUGCUGCUCUAAACUGCGGCGUCUGAUGGUCAAAGUGAAUCCGGCAUACGCUCCGGACCAAGUCAAGAUGCGGCAGUUGCUGAAAUCAAGACCCGUGGACUACGUGGCCUUUGUCGGGACCCGCAGCCACGCCAGGGCCACCUGCUCCUCCCUGCGCGACGCACUGCGCAAACUGGCGCCCGGCUGCACCGUGGUCUGCAGCGCCUGCCACAACGUGCCCGUUCUGGAGAAGCCCCUCUUCGCGUCCAGGGACGUGCCCAACGAUGGCGGCCACCGGGGCCGCAGGGGCAGGGCCGCGGAGUGGGCCCAGUCCUGGGAGGAGGAUUUCCAGUACAUCUUUAGUGGUUUCCAUGAUGAUUACUACUUCUGACCUGUCUGGAGUCCUUUUACUCUUCCCAACUCCACUUCAUCUUCCGACUGUCGUUCGGAUGGGCGUUUAAUGCUGCCUGUUUAUUUUUAUAUUCUUUUAUUGUGCAUGUUAUAGUUUUUGGUCAAUAACCAGUGUUCAGUUUUUUAAACCGAUCAAAUCAUUUUCGGAGCCUCUCGUGUGAAAAUGGAGAUCAACUGUUGGAAUUUUCCCGGAGAAAACGUGCAUUUCAUGUAUGGCCUUUUUCGUGGAAGUAAAGCGCAAACUAGGCGGUAGUCAUGUUCCCUGCUUUUAAUUGACUUGGGGUUUGGAUUGAAAAAUUUAUUCUAAUUAAUAAGUUUUAAGUUCAUAUUUUUCCUUGAUAUCAAUUGUUUGAUUGUGACUCAUAAAAUUGUUUAGUUUUAAGUUAUUGUAUUCUUUGGUAUUCUUAAUGAACAGUAUUACAUCGGUGUAUUUCUCCUUAGAAUUAACUUCAUGUUCCUACUAGUUUUCAGGGCUGACUUGAUGCCCCAUUUAGUAUGUUUGCGGCACUAGCAUUUCGAUAGUUCAGAGGACAAUAAUACUACGAUUCCUAUACAAGUAUCUCCUUCUGUUGUCUGUGUAUGAAUAGUAGAUUUCUGGCAGGUGAUGUGGCGUAAUUAAUUUUGCUUGCACUCUGGAUGUUUAUAUGGUUAGCGCUCCGCUCGAAACUGUUCGAAUUUUCUUCCCUGAAAUUCGUAUUUUAUUUGUGAAAGGAUCAAUAUAGUAUAUAGUUAUAGUAUAUAUGGAAAUGUCACUCAGAGUUGGAACAGUAGAACGGUACCUUCUUGUUUAAUCGAUGUUACUACGACGUGGAAGUGAACAGAAAUGAGUACUUUAUCAGAAAUAUAUAUUUUGUUUAGAAUAAA